UGAUAGUUGCAAUCCCUUAGGAAUGGAUGACAGACACAUUAUAGUCAAGUCAACUCUCUAACCAAAGGCCAAAGGAAUAGGCGCAUAUCUUUGUUCUUUCUCUCCUUCGAUAGUCAUCUACUCCUACAAAGCAUAGUAUAGCCCCGUAGCCGUGAUAGAUAUAGCACCAAAAUUUCUCAUCAAAAAUUGAAUAAUCCUAUUAAUGGCUUCCAAGGAUAAGAAAACAGUGAGAUCUGCCAGCGGUGGAAGUCGUCCUACUGGUGGGUUUCGUACCCUCGCCGAUUUGAAUCGUCGGUCAAGCCCUGAUUCUGAUAGCGACUCUGAUAAUGCUCCUCAGGAAUAUUACACUGGUGGCGAGAAAAGUGGAAUGCUGGUCCAAGACCCAUCCAAGGGUAAUGAUGUGGAUGAGAUAUUUAAUCAAGCUAGGCAACUAGGUGUUGAUGGGCCUAUUGACAACAUGCUCCCUUCUAGCUCAAGAAGCUUCCAUGGUACUGGUAGAACCCUCGCUGGGGGUGAGGUGGUAGCUGCAGCCUCUGAGCCACCUGAGACGGUUGUCCACAACAUUACUUUCUGGCGAAAUGGAUUCACCGUAAAUGAUGGUCCACUCAGAAGAUUGGAUGACCCUGAAAAUGCAUCAUUUUUAGAGAGUAUCAAAAAAUCUGAGUGCCCGAAAGAGCUUGAACCUGCAGACAGAAGGACUUCUGUACAUGUAAACCUCAUCAGAAGGGAUACUCCAUACACUGAGCCAGAGAAGCCUAAAGUUCCAUUUCAAGGUGUUGGAAGAACCCUUGGUGGCAGCAGCUCUUCUGCAGCAUCUGAUGAAACUGCUCGUGCUCCUGCUCCUAUGACCUCGGCCCCACCCCCAUCUGCUGGCCUAGUUGUGGAUCAGAGCCAACCAUCGACACCUAUUCAGCUCAGGUUGGCAGAUGGGACCCGCAUGGUGGCCCAUUUUAACUACAAUCACACCAUUAACGACAUCCGAACCUUCAUUGAUGCCUCUCGGCCAGGUGGAAGUAGAACCUACCAGCUUCAGACUGUUGGUUUUCCUCCCAAGCCGCUUAAUGAUCUGAAUCAGACAAUAGAACAAGCUGGCCUUGCUAACUCGGUAGUUAUUCAGAAACUAGGCUAAAAUAGAAGGGUAAAUCAUUUCUAUGGUAACUUAUGUGCAUGAAGACAUAUCUGGCUAUUUGUGCGUGUUUAUGGAUUUGGGCGAACUGUUGAAUCAUCCGUAUAGCGAGGUAAGUCGAGAGUCGUUUGUGUGGGAACCAAUUAUAUGGUCAUAAUGACAGUCUAGAGCCAAUAGAGUAUGUUUUUUAUAUCUUGCUAUAUUUUUUCUGCUAAUGCUAUAUUUUGAUUCAGUUGUAAACUAUUUUCAAGUUUCCCAAAUGAAGGGGACACAUUCCCACACUUUAUUAUAUAUAAGUGUAGAAAUUUACAAUGUCAUGAUUAAUACUUAAGUUAAAUUCUACCAGAUAUCAGGCUUUUGUACAA